GAGGAAAGCGCGAGGCGGCCAAGACUCUCGGGAACUUGUCUUAGUGGCCCGGCGGGUGGACUUUGUGCCGCCGGGGGGCGGAUUCAGGCCGGGUGGGAACCGGUCCAGGCGCGAGUGAGGACGCCCACCCCUGCCUGGCGCCAGAGGACGCGCGCCACCCUCCGGGGCCCCUCUAGUUCCGCUCCGCCCCCUCCUCUGCUCACCUCCCCGCCCCGGCAGCCCGCUCCCAGCCUCGCCUCGGCGCGCCAUUCCCCGCUGUUCCUGGCCGCGCGUCCCAGCCAUGGAGGGCCUGGUCCAGCGACCAGCCAAGGGCUACCGGGUGGUGCUGCUCGGGAGCGUGGCCGUGGGCAAGACGGCGCUGGCCACCCAGUUCGCGUGCGGCAGCUUCCCCGAGCAGUGCGAGCCGUCGGUGGAGGACCUCUUCAGCAAGGUGAUCGAAGUCAACGCGAAACCCGCGCUGCUGGAGAUCGUGGACACCGUGGGCGCCGAGCACCUGGUCACCCUCAAGGACCUCUACAUCAAGAACAGCGACGGCUUCGUGGUGCUUUACAGCGUGUGCAGCGAGGCCUCGUUCGAGGCGGUGCGGCCGCUGCGCGAGCGCAUGGGUCGGCUGCGGGGGCCUAAGGCCGUUCCGCUGGUGCUGGUGGGCACCAAGGCCGACCUGGACGCCGAACGCCAGGUGCUGACGGCGCAGGGCCGCGAGCUGGCGAGCGAGUGGCGCUGCCCGUUCCUGGAGGUCACAGCCAAGAGCAAACUGAUGGUGGACCAGGUGUUCACGCAGGUGGUGCGCGAGAUGGAGGCCCUGGCCCCGCGCCAAGAAGUCCGGCAGAUCCCCAUCCACCCCCAGAUUACCUGGCCAUCGGAAAGAUUCAUUGGCUAAUACGCAAUGGAUGAUGUUUAAUGGGAUCAUGUCCUUUCGGGAUCUCCGAAGCUCACUAUUUCUACUCUGCCUUUUUAAAGAAAGUUAUUGAGCCGUAAACUCUUGGUGACUUUUACAUAUUAACUCAAAUCAGUGCUUCAAGCUGUCUUUCUUCACUCUUUCUUCACUUAUUUGGUGAACACUUUGCAACUUUGUGUACCUCUGGUAGUGCUAGAAGAAGCCAAAAACCGCAUUAUUUUUUUUCUUGCAUCGAGAGAGUACUGCCCUUUUCUUCAAGUAGAACUUGUUACUGGAUUUUCUUUUGUAAUUAACACCUUUUGAAUUGCAGCCAGUAUUUGAAUUGAUUGAGGAGCUUAAGUUAGUUUAAGGUUUGCUUCCAUGAGAUUUUUGUGUGUUUCUCUCUCCUUUGUAGCAUGGAAUUGCAGCAGUAAUAUUUUCCUCUCUGUGUAUUUCUAAGUAUAGUUAUGACAUACAUAGCAUUGGUUUGAAAAGGGAUAUUGCAUACCCUGGGAGGGGAGAAAACAACUGUGUACUCGCACAAAGAUAGCUCAGCUUUGCUUUUUUAUAACUGACAUCUUGUUGAUUUCUGUGCCUGUAAAUUGUGUGAAAAUAAAAUUACUUUAGAAGUUUA